UACCCAUUCACUCGUCGUGUGACAAUCUCAGCUCACCCUCUACUGACGCUGGUCGUUCUUCCGCGCUUUCACCGCUUCCUCGUUUUUUAUUACACAAUAUUCGAUAAGUAUAUAGUUUCCACUUUUUAUGUUAUAACAGCUAGUUAAUGAACGUUUGAAAUAUUUGGCAUUCUUUUAUUUCGACGAUGUUCUGCUAGUGUACUCAUUGGUUCUUAGUUUUAUUAACAGUUUAAUUUAAUAUUUCUAACCGAUAACGUUUUACAAAUGUACAAUAAAAAUUGGUCAUUACAUUUAUUUGAUACCAAUUUUGAACUUUAUUAACAUUUUAUUAAGGGUGAUUGAAUAUAAGAACGUUAAAUUAUUACUUUGCAAAGGAAAUAAGUGAUUUAAGGCAUAUUUGGGUAAAUAUUUAAAUUAAAAAUUAUGAAACAAAAACGAUACCAGAUUUUGUAUAUGAGAUUAAGACCUUUACAUACAAACAAUUAAUGUAUCUGUUAAAUAAACUUAUUUAGACAUUAUAGAUAUUAUUUUUUUCCUAAUAUAUAAGAACUAUUAUUUUUAUAUAAGUAUUUUUAUGGUAAAGUUAGAUUUUUUAUUUUUUUAUUUUUGUCACAUUCUACUUUUUUGUACUACUUUUACUGGUCCUCAAUCAGGUGUUACGAUUCAAAUAGGGAUCUUGUCCUAGUUCAAAAGUAGUGCACGGGGUAAUAAGGUUACACUUAAUACAUUCCAUCUAACAGUCAGUAACCUUUUAAGCGUGGUUAGAUGACGAUCAAAUGAUUUCUUAUGGCACAUAUUUAUUAUUGUUCGCCCGGUCGAUACUGAUUUAUAUCACUUAUGACUAGAUUUUAAAAUACCAAAUUGAAUAUAGAUGAAUAAUUAUCAGGUACUUAAAAUUAUUUUUAUUAAAAAAAAUCAAUACAACUUUUUUUUAUACGAUUCAUACGAUUUUGUCAUAUGUCAAAUCUCUACAACUUACUUUACUCGGUACUUGAAAAUAAAUUAUUUCUUUAAACUGUUCAUUUACAUUAAUUGCACCUAAAAAACAUGGUAAUUAAACUUGGUUUAUUGUAAAAACUAGUUCAUUUCUUUCUAAGUAAUUUAUAUUUAACAUAAAAAACUUGCUUGGUUUACUUAUUCGUCGUUUUAAUUGGUUUACAAAUAUGUUACAUAAAUAUCAAUGUUUUUUUAGUUCCAAAGUAAACAUACCUGCUUAUGAUGAUAUACCAUAUCACAAUUAAUAAGAAAUGUGUUUCGCUGUCAAUUAUCUACAAAAAUAAUUAUUCCAGGCAUGCUUUCGAAACCAGUAAUUUUACUUUCGCGAUUGUUUACUCUUCUUUUUGUACGCGUCUCACGUUUUAAAUUUAUUUAUUCAUUAACUCGAGGUCUAAGUUAAUAUUUAUAAUAUUCUGUUUUUAUGUAACCAACCAGUUUUGUAGGUGCAUGAAUGGGAUCUUCUUACUUUGCAUUAGAUCAUCAACAAUGGUCAUCACAUUUUUCCUUGUCCUACUUUUAGGUAAAAGAAAUGGUAGCGUGUUCAUUGUGUGAUAAUUUUAUUAUUUUUUUUGCUGCAUUGACUUCAUUAAAGUAUGGCUUAUUUAAAGGAUCUGAGAUUUUUGUUCGUCAGAAGUCUUUAUGCUGUGUUAGUGAAUUAUUCAAUAUGAAAUUCUAUGUUCAGAUUGUUACACUUUUGAUGAUAAAUACUGUGGAGUGGUUUGGUGAAGUGCAGUGUAAGCCGCAUGGUCAUGUUAGGAAAAUCAUUAAUAUAGAAAGGAAAAAAUUACCUUUGAAACAUGUUUCUUUAUCUUUACAAAAAUUAACGCCUUUUGGAAAAUUUGAAUUCAAACAUGUCAUUAAUAAACGACAAGCAGAGGUACCACAGGUAAUAGAAAAGGAAGUAUCAGGAGGCACGAUAGAUGCUAUUACAGAAGCGAAAGAAAUACCUGUUGAGACCCAUUCGGAACCUGACGUGAUAAUUACAUCAAUAAUAAAGCCCAUAGAUAAUGAACCAGUUGCUGUUCCCGUUCCGGAAAUACUUCCAGUAGAACUACCACCGCCCCAGCUUUUGCCGCCACCACCGCCGCCACCUUUGCCACCGCUUCCACCAGUAAUUAAGGAAGAUCCGCCACCAAAAGCGGAAACUCCAAAUAUCUUUGUUAAAGGAUCUCGUUUAGUGUUAUUUGUUGGCUCAAUGAUGCUGCAAAUGUUGUCUAAAUUUGUUAAUGGAGGUUUCAAUAUAAAUCAAAUUCCCAUCCCUAUUAUACCGGAAGUGCAAUAGUAUUUACCAUAAUUUAUUUUUACAUUUUAAAUAUCUUUUAUUAAAAUAAAUGUGUAAACUACA